GGAGACUAAUAACAAUAACAAUGCAAUAUAAAUAUAUCAACAAAAUUGGCGGCAAAAUAUAUACAAUGUUCAUAAAUAAUUUUAGGUUAUUACUAGUUACUAAUCAGUUUAGCCAUUUCUCAUACCAUAAAUUUGUCAAUAUUUAGAAGAUAUAUUUUGGACAUACUGAUGGUCAAUAGAAACUGAUAAAAAUGAUUUGUCAAAGUGGCGCGCAGUAAAUAGUAAAUACUACUAAUAUCUUAAUCUUAAUUUUAACAGAUCAGUCGUCAGUACAACACCACCACUCACCAGUGUAAUGUUGUAUACUCAUAUUUCAUUUGCCAAUUUGUCAUGAUAAUUUGUAUUUUAUCUGUCACGGAAUAGUAUAUGAUGUAUCUGUAGUAAUAAUUACUGAUAAACAACGAUUUCUGGGACUUGACAGUUGACUCUCUAGAGCAUCAAGUUCGAUAUUGAAAUACUUAAAACAUUUAAAUUAUAUUACUGUGAAUUAUACCUUUUUUUCUAUCUAAUUUUUAAAACCGGAUUUUGAUAUUGAGUAAGUAAAUAUAUUAAAAUUGAAAUAUAUAUUUAUUUAUACCUAUUACUACUCACCUAUAUCAACAAAUAGAAUGGCGUCAAAUUUAAAAACUACGGAUACAGAAAAAUUAAAUAUGGGAAUGAAAUCAAUAGUAAGUGAAUUUGAAGUAAGUUGUGAUAAAGUCAAACAAUUGAAAGACAACAAAGAGUUAUACAAUCAAAUGAAAUAUACUGUCAAAAAGUUAUCAAUUGAAGGAGAAAGCAAUGACUAUGCUACACAACUUUCAAAUUUCAAAGAAGCUUUGAAAAAUGAACAAUUGUUUUACUUUAAUAAAACUGGAAUUUCUCAAAACUUUUUAUCAAAAGAUGUCCAGUUAGAAUCUGCGGCAAACAUCCUACAAGAAACCGGUAUUGAUGAUUAUAAUGCAAGUAGCCUAUUCACUAAAUAUUUGUCAAUGAUUGAAAAAUGUAAUAAGCAAAAAGAGUUUAUUGAUGACAUUGAUGAACAUUUAAAUAAAUUAAAAAUAAUAAUUGAACAACAGAAUGAUCUUAAAUGUGAAUUAUCUAAUAUUAACUACUCACCUGUAGGCUAUACAGCUGAACCUAUCAAUAUUAAACCAAUUGAAAGUAUACAGACUGUAGACAACUGUGAUGAAAUUGUGAAGUUGGUCAAAAAAAUAACGGACAUUGAAAAGAAACAAGAAGAAAUUUGUUCAGAAACUUCUGAAUUAAAAUGUGAACAGAAAAAAAUGUACCAUGGAUUACCACCAAACAUGGACCAAGCAAUGAUGGCGGUACAAAUAGCAGAGCAAGCAAUGAAGGCUAUAACUAAAAAAUUAAUGGAAAAACUGUAGAAAAUAUUAUUUUAUAACUGAUAAUCUUCAACACAAUGUAACAAAAAUAUUGUUAUUUUUAUUACUUACUAUUGUUGUAAUAAUUUAUGUAUAAACUGUAUUUAUGUGAAACUGGAUUUCAUAACAUAAUAAUUAAUUUAAAUUUAUACCAUUUUUUAUAUGCUUUUAUUAUUUUUAGUAAUCACAAAUAUAUAUUUUUUAAAAAAAACUGUGUUUAUAGUUUAAUAUCAAUAAUUUUCCUGUUGCAUUGGUCUAAAUAUUUUACUAUAAAUUAUUAUUAUUAUUAUCAGUCUAACAACGAGUUAAUAAAUAAUUAAUAUCGUAAUAAAAUUAUCAUUUUU